AUGUCCGUUGAUCGCCAUUCAAAGGCUUCUGCCACAUAUACCGUGGCGUCUGAAUCUUCUAGACCGAACAUUCCCGCAGCCAGCAGGCCCGGAGCUAGCACGGUUGACGCAUCAAAGACAUACAGACGCCAUGUUUCUCUAGAAGUCCCAGGUGAUUUGAUCCUUCACUCCGAUGGAUUCCUCCGCAGAUGGCCCAUUUUGGGGCCCCCAGACAUCCUAUCUCAAGACUAUGUAAUAACCCGGUACAUUGCCGAAUUUAUAAACACAUUCAGCAGCUUGAUAUUCGUCCUCUACGGAGUUUACGGUCUGGUGAAACUCUACCAAAAGCAACAUGCCACCCUCAGCCGCACAAUCCCCUACUUUGGUCUGAUGGGCGUGGGCGCCUGCUCGGCCGGAUACCAUAUGACCCUGAAAUAUCACACCCAAAUGUCGGAUGAAAUAUCAAUGCAUCUACUUGUCACGCCUCUUCUGUACCGGAUCUUUACUAUCCAGACUAGCCCGCAGCACACCAGACUCAUAGGCAUCCUCCUCCUCACUGAGUUCACUGUUGUGAUGGUGGUUCACAUGGUCAUGAACGAGUUCCUUCUCCAUGCCGUGACCUUCGGGUUGGGGGUCCUUUUGAUAGCGACACGGACGGUCAAACUGGUCUCCCAGCGGGUCCCGGAUCCUUUCACUCGGAAGAAGCUUCGGAACAUUGGUCUCUUUGGCGUCGGUAGCUUUCUCUUCGGCUACAUGGUCUGGCUGAUUGACGAAUUCGCUUGCAAUCCACUGAUUCACAUCAGACACUCGGUCGGCUUGCCCUUGGCGUUCGUGUUCGAACUGCAUGGAUGGUGGCAUGUCUUCACCGCAAUUGGUGGCUAUAUCGCAGUGGAGGUUGUGGACAUGAUCACAUCGGGUGAAGUUCACAAGGAUCCAACGGAUCAGCUUGCUUGGCCCAUUGCCGAUGUGGCAAGAUUUAUAGGGGGAGCACCAGGGGCCAAGAAAUUGAAUUGACCAUAGACUUUUGGUGGAAGAGUAGCGCUGUUUGCCCCAUAGAACUCUCUCAGAUCGAAGGUUAUAAGUUUGUCACGAACUGAGACACGACCUUCAAAUGCAUACCUGCUCAUGAUACAAAUCGGAAACAUGAUACAUGAUGC